UUUAUUUAACGUGUUAUCGGUUUUGGUUCCGUUUCGGUAAUAGGUAGAGGUGGGUAAUGAAGUUUGUAGAUUUAUUAUUCACGAGAUCAGUAAAUAUUACGAGUGGCUGUUUGGCGCGUUAGUCUUUGCCUCGACACCGAACCGUCCGCUUCGGUCCCGUGUUUCAUUUCCCGCCUCUUACGUUUUCGCGCCCUUUUGUGUUUGUCUUUGGUCUUUGCGGCCAGUAUUUUUUUCUGUCUGCAAGUCUAAAUUUAGAAUAUUGGAACAAGAUGGAAGUAGGCGUGCGGAUAGUGGGCGUCAUCCUUCGUCUGAUAAACUUCCUUCUGCAUCCGCUGUUCUGGCUGGCGUCCGCCUGUGGCCCGAAGCUGCGGGUACCUCCACCGAAGCCCUUGCACCUUCGAAGCGCCGCCGACCUAGCCCGAGCCGUCAGAGAUGGAGAGAUGACUAGUGAAGAAUUAGUGUCAGCUUUCAUUGAGCGUGUCAAAGAGGUAAACCCGAUCCUCAACGCCGUAGUCGGCGAGAGAUAUGCAUCAGCUCUAGCGGAAGCAAAGGAGGUGGACCGACAGAUAGAAGUGGCGAGAAGAAACGGGAAGUCUCAAGAGAUUUUUCAGAAGAAACCUCUGCUGGGUGUUCCUUUUACGGUUAAGGAGAGCUGCUCUCUUGCUGGUAUGCCAAACUCUGUCGGCUGCCUAGAGAACGCUGGGAGCCGCGCCACGACCGACGGCGCAGCCGUCAGACUAGUCAAAGAAGCCGGUGCUAUACCGCUUCUAGUAUCCAAUACACCAGAGCUUUGCCUUGGGUGGGAGACGACCAAUCUGCUCAACGGGACGACUAAUAAUCCCUACUGUGUUAGCCGUACGCCGGGCGGAUCGUCGGGUGGAGAGGGCGCCCUGCUGGCGUGCGGUGCUUCAGUGUUCAGCGUGGCGUCCGAUAUCGCUGGCUCCAUUCGGUUGCCGGCUGCGUUCUGCGGCGUUUUUGGACAUAAGCCUACUCCAGGCAUCAUCCCAAUAGAAGGCCACAUCCCCACCCUGAACGACGAAAACUACCCCAAAUUCCUGACAGUCGGGCCCAUGACCAGAAAAGCAGAAGAUUUACCCCUCCUCCUCAACAUAAUGGCUGGAGACAACAGAAGCAAGUUCAGACUGGACGAACCCGUGGAUAUUAACAAGCUUAAGGUGCUAUACAUGACGGAAGCAACACACGCAAUACCGCUGAUGCCGGUGCACGGCGCCAUCAAGCGCGCCGUCCGCGCCGCCGCCAGCUACCUGCGGGAGUGCGGCGCCGCCGUCAGCCAGGAAAAAUUCGAGGAACUAGAAAACUCUGUGGAAUUAUCAAUAUCAGUAUUCUUUUCUAUGAAAGAUAUACCGAACAUGCUGCAAGACCCCACUAACCCGAAGCGUCAACGCAGCCUCCUAGUAGAACUACUGAAGCACAUAGUGGGUGGUGCGUCGCGCUCGCUCCAAGCACUCGGUUUCACUCUCAUAGACAAAACUAACCUGUUCAUACCGGAGCAUAGGCGGAGCCAUUACUGCGAGAGGGCGGACAAGCUUAGAGAACACAUGACGCGAACCCUGGGCACGGACGGAGUAUUUCUCUACCCCGUGUUCACCGGGCCGGCCCAUCGCCACCACGAGGUGUUCUCCCUCGCGUCCGGGGUGCUGUACAGCAUGCUGUUCAACGUGCUCGGCCUGCCCGCCACCGCCGUGCCGGUGGGGCUGUAUGGGGACCUGCCCCUCGCUAUACAGGUGAUAGCGGGGCCGAAUCAAGACCGCUUGUGCAUAGCGGUUGCACAACAACUGGAGGUCGGCUUCGGGGGGUGGAGGCAUCCCGGACACUAGGCCACGGUUACAGGCCAAGCGACUACAGGGUCUCUAUUGUUUCCCAUAUAGUUUGAAGUCAUAAUGUAUUGUUUGUCCACAUUUUCGUUAGUCAUAAUUUGGCUUUUCUCAGAAACUCGUAACUUUUCAGGAUUGCCAUAAAACAAACCUAACCUAACCUAUCUAUAGGAUAAUCUUAGGACAAUCCUGAAGAGUUAACGAUUUCAGAAUUAUGACUAAUGAUAAUAUGACAAUCAUUAAUUAUGACUGAAUAAUUAUGUCAAACAAAGGGACCCCGCGACGACAACUACGACUAAAUAAAGGAAUAACUACAAGAUACAUCAUUAUUAUUAUUAUUAUUAUAGUUCAUUAGUUAAACCAAUUUGUGAGGAGAAAAAUUCAAAUGUUGCAUGAGAGAAUUUCCACGGCUACAUUUUCAAAUUUGGCGCCUUUCUACUGACAAAAAUAGUUUGCCAGCAAAUCUAAUCUAGCAUUUACCACGUGAUAAGCCUAAAUUUAUUAUUAGGAAAUAAAACGUAGCUAAAGCCCCUCUUACAUGUAGUAAUGUUUUACAAAAGACGCAUAUAAAUUAGCAUUGACAACUAUUUAUGUUUCAUCUUCAUGAAUGGGGUUGGCAACUGUCAACAGUUUGCACAGAUGGCGCCAUCAUAGCUUGCCCCCAUUUCUGAGAUUUGGCUUAAAGGGCUGUCAUCCAGGGCAUAAAAUUCCAUUAAAAAACGUAAAAAAUGACACAAUUCUAGGGAUUGUCAGGGCAAGCUAAGCUGGCGCCAUCUGCUAAACACUUCGACCGUCCAACCCUAUUGGACAAGAUUAAUCACUCUUCUUACCUAAGAAAAAAGAGUUCGCAAUUUCAUUUUUUAGGGUUCCGUACCCAAAGGGUAAAAACGGGACCCUAUUACUAAGACUCCGCUGUCCGUCUGUCUGUCUGUCACCAGGCUGUAUCUCAUGAACCGUGAUAGCUAGACAGUUGAAAUUUUUCACAGAUGAUGUAUUUCUGUUGCCGCUAUAACAACAAAUACUAAACAGUACGGAACCCUCGGUGCGCGAGUCCGACUCGCACUUGGCCGGUUUAUUAUUUAUUUACUUGUAGAAGAAGGGCUUUAGUUCAGUUUUUUAUACAGGAUGGCUAAAAAAUAAGUGCAUUCCCGUUGCCAGGGAGGUUUUGGGAUUAUGCUGAGCAACUUUUACUAUGGGACCAACCCCGAAAUCGCAAAAAAAAUUUGGCUGUUUCGCACAUUGGAGGGUAAUUUUUUUUUUACGAUUUCGUGGUUUGGGCCCAUAGUAAAAGUUGCUCAGUAUAAUCCAGGGACCGGCCCGCUAUCCCUUAUCGGGGUUUUAUAAGGGUAUUGCAUAAGGCUUAACUCACCAUACCCUUUGCCAGACGAAACCCUUUGUUUUGGUUUUAAAAACCCUUAUAUAAAGCUACCACAUUUGAGUGAUCGGUAGCCCAAAUACCCUUACAAAACCCUUAUCAUCCGCUCACCAACACCUUGCAUAUUGCUUAUAAGGGUUAGCCUUAUAAAGGGCUUCCCUUUUAGCAUAUAAGCGUGCUAAUUUAAGUCGUCUACCUUGUUCAUAAAGUACACAUUACUUCGAAUCCGAGCGAUCGUCGGCGGCGACGGCGGCGUUCUUUGACUAGGCACGUAUCUUCUUUCCUUUUCAUACACUACCGUAGAUAUAUACUAAUCCUGUCUCUUUCACGCAAAGGGAAACCUUUAUAAAAAGCGCUUAAAGAUAAGGGUAACCCUUAUUAAGGGCUAGCCUUAUUUUUGGUUAGCAUUUCGGUAAGGGUUAGUCAAAGGUAAGGGUAUGAAUGGGCUUGCAGUUCAAAAGGGAAAGUCUUUCAAUGUGUUAGCCGUGUUUAAGUGUUGCCCAUUGAAAGGGUUUUAUCGCGGAAAGGGUUGUCCGGUCCCUGGUAUAAUCCCAAAACCUCCCUAGCAACGGGAAUGCACUUAUUUUUAGCCACCCUGUAUAUACGCCUUUUGACAUAAUAUAUUAGGCGGCAUAAAAUGUUCUGUUAAAAAAAAAUUUAUGUAACUUAUGUCGAUAUUGUCAGAUAGUUGUUAUGAGUUUCAAGAGCAAUUAAAAACGGGUCACUUGUCGUGGGAGUUGCCAUAGUGUCCCGUUUUUAUGUUCUUGUGUGUACUAUUAUUAUGCAUAUUUAUUAUUCAGUAGGUGGUUGUUAAUUUUAUGUUGUGAUAAUAGUGGCUGGUCUUUUAGAACUUUGAUCAUUUGUCAUAAUGGUGAAAAAACCGGCCAAGUGCGAGUCGGACUGACGCACGAAGGGUUCCGUACCAUUACGCAAAAAACGCCAAAAAAUCACGUUUGUUCUAUGGGAGCCCCAAUAUUUAUUUUAUUCUGUUUUUAGUAUUUGUUGUUAUCGCGGCAACAGAAAUACAUCUGUGAAAAAUGAGCAUAAAGAUUGUUGAUGGUUUCUAAAGCCUGACCAGGAAUAUAUGAUCACGCGCCAUGUUGCGGAAUUUAGGAACAAUUUUUUUCAUACUAAGUAUACUGAACUGUCACCCUAUACAUGAGAAUGAACAGCGCCCUCUUGACAAUGAUCAUAUAUUACUAAUAUUACUGGUCAGGCUUUAAGUUGUAUGAGAAAAAUGAGAUAGCAAUAUCACUUGCUCCCUAUAACGCAUAAAUGGGUCCCUUGGACUGGCCUACACUGGGCCAUGGUGUACAGGAGCCUUAACACGGCCUUGAUACCAUCGUUUCUAUACUUUCUAUGUGUUGCCAUAUAUAGCCGUCAAACAACUUUUUCAGUAGAAAAACGCGCGAAAUUCAAAUUUUCUAUAGGAUGAUUACCCUUCGCGCCUACAUUUUUUAAAUUUGCCGCUUUUUUCUACUGUCAGAAAUGGCUUGACAAAAUAUAAUUAAUAAUUUAUCUUACUUUGAUUAUAAAUAUGUAUUAGGUACCUCAAUGCUACAAAGUUAGCUAUGCCUACUGUUUUUCAAAAUUAGAAAGAGUAAUUUUAUGUUUGCGCCAAUGUAAAUUUGGGUUAUUAGUAAUGAGUUAAGUUACUUUUAAUUUCAUGGGUCUUCUCAUACUUAAAUAUUUUCACGAAAAAAUCCUGAUUCGUCAAAUGUUUUUUCUACUCUUUCUUAUUUGCAAUACUACUUUAGCUAUGUAUAAUUGUUAGUUAGACCAAUAAAAUUGGUGUUAUGUAUAGUUAAGCAUACUAGGUCGAGGGAAAAUGGACCUUGUAACUAUGGUAAUAAAACUUUUCUUACGCAAAGUAGGAUUAUGAAUUAAGAAACUAAUGACGCAAUUUUUUUACGUUUAUGCCUACUUGAAUGUUUACACAAUGUUAUACCUAAGCAAAAUUAUUUAUUUAUUUUUCUGUUUUAUGGAUUUAUACUUCUAAGAAAUAUCAGUACAAUUUUAUGUGAUUUUAUCUAUUAUAUAAGUAAUAAUAAAAUUAUCGAUUGUGUUAACGUUCAAGUAUUCCAACUGUUGAUAAAGGACGCUACACACUGGCGGAUCACUUUACUCCAAUUAUUUUAUUUCUUACAAGUCAACUAGUUUAGUGAUCUAAUUAAAUUGUAUUACCUAUUGAUGUUAUAAAUAAUAUGACACCAUAUCCCGCCAGUGUAUCUUGUCUUUUAUAUGCAAUUUAAGAUAUCAAAUUCAAUUUAAGAUGUAAGUAUACUGUAAUGGUCAUUUAAAUUUAUUGAAAUAUCUUGUGUAUAUUUUCUUUUAUACCUACCCUGUACGGUUUACUUUUUUGACUAAAUGUGCUGUGACGAAAAUAUACUGAUGUGUGAAGGUUUUGGAAAAUAUUUCAUCUACACGUUGACAUUGUGUAGCUGUAGACCUUAUUUUUUGUAUACACUCUCUUUAAAAUGUAAUUUUGCUAUACUGAAUAAAUAUAUAU